AUGUUGAAGUUCAAGUAUGGAGCACGGAAUCUGCUGGACGCUGGUGCUAUUGAAUCCAUUGCCAGCCGGGCCUCCAGGCUGAAUCUUUUUUUCCAGGGGAAACCACCCUCCAUGACUCAACAGCAGAUGUCUCUUCUUUCCCGAGAAGCGAUAUUAGAUGCCCUCUUUGUUCUCUUUAAAGAAUGCAGUCAGCCGGCUCUGAUGAAGAUUAAGCACGUGAGCAACUUUGUCCAGAAGUAUUCUGAUAUUAUAGCUGAGUUGCAAGAGCUCCAGCCUUCAGUGAAGGACUUUGAAGUGAGAAGUGUCAUAGGCUGCGGUCACUUUGCCGAAGUACAGGUGGUCAGAGAGAAAGCGACUGGGGAUGUCUAUGCCAUGAAAGUCAUGAAGAAGAAGGCCUUGUUGGCCCAGGAGCAGGUCUCAUAUUUUGAGGAAGAACAGAACUUAUUAUCUCGGAGUACAAGUCCUUGGAUCCCCCAGUUGCAGUACGCCUUUCAGGACAAAAAUAACCUUUAUCUGGUCAUGGAAUAUCAGCCUGGAGGGGAUUUGCUAUCACUUUUGAAUCGAUAUGAGGACCAAUUGGAUGAAAAUAUGAUUCAGUUUUACCUAGCUGAACUGAUUUUGGCUGUCCACAGCGUUCAUCAGAUGGGAUAUGUACAUCGAGACAUCAAGCCUGAGAAUAUCCUCAUUGACCGAACGGGACACAUUAAGCUGGUGGAUUUUGGAUCAGCUGCUAAAAUGAACUCAAAUAAGAUGGUAAAUGCCAAACUCCCGGUUGGGACUCCCGAUUACAUGGCCCCUGAAGUGUUGACUGUGAUGAAUGGGGAUGGAAAAGGUGCCUAUAGCCUAGACUGUGAUUGGUGGUCAGUGGGAGUUAUUGCUUAUGAGAUGGUUUAUGGAAGAUGCCCAUUCACUGAAGGAACCUCAGCCAAAACCUUCAAUAACAUCAUGAAUUUCCAGCGGUUCUUGAAGUUUCCAGAUGACCCCAAAGUUAGCAGUGAAUUGCUUGAUCUAAUCCAGAGUUUGUUGUGUGGCCAGAAAGAGAGACUGAAGUUUGAGGGCCUUUGCUGUCAUCCUUUCUUCUCCAAAAUCGACUGGAGUAACAUUCGUAACUCUCCUCCCCCCUUCGUUCCCACCCUCAAGUCUGAUGAUGACACCUCCAAUUUUGAUGAACCAGAGAAGAAUUCGUGGGUUUCAUCCUCUCCGUGCCAGCUGAACCCCUCAGGUUUCUCAGGCGAAGAACUGCCGUUUGUGGGGUUUUCGUAUAGCAAGGCACUGGGAAUUCUUGGUAGAUCUGAGUCUGUUGUGUCAAGUCUGGACUCCCCUGCCAAGACUAGCUCCAUGGAAAAGAAACUUCUUAUCAAAAGCAAAGAGCUGCAAGACUCCCAGGACAAGUGUCACAAGAUGGAGCAGGAAAUGACCCGGUUACAUCGGAGAGUGUCAGAGGUGGAGGCUGUGCUUAGUCAGAAGGAGGUGGAGCUGAAGGCCUCUGAGACUCAGAGAUCCCUCCUGGAGCAGGACCUUGCUACCUACAUCACAGAAUGCAGUAGCUUAAAGCGAAGUCUGGAGCAAGCACGGAUGGAGGUGUCCCAAGAGGACGACAAAGCACUGCAGCUCCUCCAUGAUAUCAGAGAGCAGAGCCGGAAGCUCCAAGAAAUCAAAGAGCAGGAGUACCAGGCUCAAGUGGAAGAAAUGAGGUUGAUGAUGAGUCAAUUGGAAGAGGACCUGGUUUCAGCGAGAAGGCGGAGUGACCUCUAUGAAUCGGAGCUCAGAGAGUCUCGGCUGGCUGCUGAAGAGUUUAAGCGGAAAGCAACAGAAUGUCAGCAUAAACUGAUGAAGGCUAAAGAUCAAGGGAAGCCUGAAGUGGGAGAAUAUGCCAAACUGGAGAAGAUCAAUGCUGAGCAGCAGCUCAAAAUUCAGGAGCUCCAAGAGAAGCUAGAAAAGGCUGUGAAAGCCAGCACAGAGGCCACCGAGCUGCUACAGAACAUCCGUCAGGCGAAGGAGCGGGCUGAGCGUGAGCUGGAGAAGCUGCACAACCGUGAGGACUCCUCCGAAGGCAUCAAGAAGAAGCUGGUGGAGGCCGAGGAACGCCGCCACUCUCUGGAGAACAAGGUAAAGAGGCUAGAGACCAUGGAGCGUAGAGAAAACAGACUGAAGGAUGACAUCCAGACAAAGUCCCAACAGAUCCAGCAGAUGGCUGAUAAAAUUCUGGAGCUGGAGGAGAAGCACAGAGAAGCCCAGGUCUCAGCCCAGCAUCUGGAGGUGCACCUGAAACAGAAAGAACAGCACUAUGAGGAAAAAAUUAAAGUGUUGGACAAUCAGAUAAAGAAAGACCUAGCGGACAAGGAGACACUGGAGAACCUGAUGCAAAGACACGAAGAGGAGGCCCAUGAAAAAGGCAAAAUUCUCAGCGAGCAGAAGGCGAUGAUCAAUGCCAUGGAUUCCAAGAUCAGAUCCCUGGAACAGAGGAUAGUCGAAUUGUCGGAAGCCAAUAAACUUGCGGCCAACAGCAGUCUCUUUACCCAGAGGAACAUGAAGGCCCAGGAAGAGAUGAUUUCAGAACUCAGGCAACAGAAGUUUUACCUGGAGACGCAAGCUGGGAAAUUGGAGGCCCAGAACCGGAAGCUGGAGGAGCAGCUGGAAAAAAUAAGCCACCAAGACCACAGUGACAAGAACCGUCUGCUGGAGCUGGAGACCAGGCUGAGGGAGGUCAGUCUAGAGCAUGAAGAGCAGAAACUGGAGCUCAAACGCCAGCUCACAGAGCUGCAGCUCUCCCUGCAGGAGCGUGAAUCCCAGCUGACAGCCCUGCAGGCAGCACGGGCGGCCCUGGAGAGCCAGCUCCGCCAGGCCAAGACGGAGCUGGAAGAGACGACAGCAGAAGCAGAAGAAGAGAUCCAGGCGCUUACGGCACAUAGAGAUGAAAUCCAGCGCAAAUUUGAUGCCCUUCGUAACAGCUGUACUGUGAUCACAGACUUGGAGGAGCAGCUAAACCAGCUGACAGAGGACAAUGCUGAGCUCAAUAACCAAAACUUUUACUUGUCUAAACAACUUGAUGAGGCCUCUGGUGCCAACGACGAGAUUGUGCAGCUACGAAGUGAAGUAGACCAUCUCCGCCGCGAGAUCACCGAGAGGGAGAUGCAGCUCACUAGCCAGAAGCAAACGAUGGAGGCGCUGAAGACCACGUGCACAAUGCUGGAGGAGCAGGUCAUGGACCUGGAGGCCCUGAACGACGAGCUUCUGGAGAAAGAGCGGCAGUGGGAGGCCUGGAGGAGCGUCCUUGGUGACGAGAAGUCCCAGUUUGAGUGUCGGGUUCGAGAGUUGCAGAGGAUGCUGGACACCGAGAAGCAGAGCAGGGCAAGGGCUGACCAGCGGAUCACUGAGUCGCGCCAGGUGGUCGAGCUGGCAGUAAAGGAGCACAAGGCCGAGAUCCUGGCCUUGCAGCAGGCUCUCAAGGAGCAGAAGCUGAAGGCCGAGAGCCUCUCUGACAAGCUCAAUGAUCUGGAGAAGAAGCAUGCCAUGCUUGAAAUGAACGCCCGAAGUUUACAACAGAAGCUGGAGACGGAACGAGAGCUCAAACAAAGGCUUCUGGAAGAGCAAGCCAAGUUACAGCAGCAGAUGGACCUGCAGAAGAAUCAUAUUUUCCGUCUGACUCAAGGGCUGCAAGAAGCUCUGGAUCGGGCUGAUCUGCUGAAGACAGAAAGGAGUGACCUGGAAUAUCAGCUGGAAAACAUUCAGGUUCUCUAUUCUCAUGAGAAGGUGAAGAUGGAAGGCACUAUUUCCCAGCAAACCAAACUCAUCGAUUUUCUGCAAGCCAAAAUGGACCAGCCCGCCAAAAAGAAAAAGGGUUUAUUUAGUCGACGGAAAGAGGACCCUGCUUUGCCCACACAGGUUCCUCUGCAGUACAAUGAGCUGAAGGUGGCUCUGGAGAAGGAGAAAGCUCGUUGCGCGGAGCUCGAGGAAGCCCUGCAGAAGACCCGCAUCGAGCUCCGCUCCGCCCGGGAGGAAGCUGCCCACCGGAAAGCCGCAGACCACCCGCACCCAUCUACGCCGGCUACCGCCAGGCAGCAGAUUGCCAUGUCCGCCAUUGUGCGGUCACCCGAGCACCAGCCCAGCGCCCUGAGCCUGCUUGCCCCGCCAUCCAGCCGCAGGAAGGAGUCUUCCACUCCAGAGGAAUUCAGCCGGCGUCUUAAGGAGCGCAUGCACCACAACAUCCCUCACCGGUUCAACGUGGGACUGAACAUGCGAGCCACAAAGUGCGCCGUGUGUCUGGAUACCGUGCACUUCGGACGCCAGGCAUCCAAGUGUCUCGAAUGUCAGGUCAUGUGCCAUCCCAAGUGCUCCACGUGCUUGCCAGCCACCUGUGGCCUGCCAGCCGAAUAUGCCACACACUUCACCGAGGCCUUCUGCCGCGACAAGAUGAACUCCCCGGGCCUGCAGUCCAAGGAACCCAGCAGCAGCUUGCACCUGGAAGGGUGGAUGAAGGUGCCCAGGAAUAACAAGCGAGGACAGCAAGGCUGGGACAGGAAGUACAUUGUCCUGGAGGGCUCCAAAGUCCUCAUUUACGACAACGAAGCCAGAGAAGCUGGACAGAGGCCGGUGGAAGAAUUUGAGCUGUGCCUUCCCGACGGGGACGUGUCUAUUCAUGGCGCCGUUGGUGCUUCUGAACUUGCAAACACAGCCAAAGCAGAUGUCCCCUAUGUCCUGAAGAUGGAGUCUCACCCCCAUACCACCUGCUGGCCUGGGAGGACCCUCUACUUGCUGGCUCCCAGCUUUCCUGACAAGCAGCGCUGGGUCACCGCCUUAGAGUCAGUUGUGGCAGGUGGGAGAGUGUCUAGGGAAAAGGCGGAAGCCGACGCUGGCCGUGACUGUACUUCCUACGAGCCUCUUCCCACGUGGGAUCAGAAAUUGCUCGGAAACUCCCUGCUGAAACUGGAAGGUGAUGACCGUCUGGACAUGAACUGCACACUGCCCUUCAGCGACCAGGUGGUGCUGGUGGGCACUGAGGAAGGGCUGUACGCGCUGAAUGUCUUGAAGAACUCCCUCACCCACGUCCCAGGAAUCGGAGCAGUCUUCCAGAUUUACAUCAUCAAGGACCUGGAGAAGCUCCUCAUGAUCGCAGGAGAGGAGCGGGCCCUGUGUCUCGUGGAUGUGAAGAAGGUGAAGCAGUCCCUCGCACAGUCUCACCUCCCCGCCCAACCGGACAUCUCGCCCAACAUCUUUGAAGCGGUCAAGGGCUGCCACUUGUUUGCUGCUGGCAAGAUUGAGAGCGGGCUCUGCAUCUGUGCAGCCAUGCCCAGCAAAGUUGUCAUUCUCCGCUACAAUGAAAACCUCAGCAAGUACUGCAUUCGGAAAGAGAUCGAGACCUCGGAGCCCUGCAGCUGUAUCCACUUUACCAACUACAGUAUCCUCAUCGGAACCAAUAAAUUCUACGAAAUCGACAUGAAGCAGUACACGCUGGAGGAAUUCCUGGAUAAGAACGACCAUUCCUUGGCGCCUGCCGUGUUUGCCUCCUCCUCCAACAGUUUCCCCGUGUCCAUCAUGCAGGUGAACAGCGCGGGGCAGCGGGAGGAGUUCCUGCUCUGUUUCCACGAAUUCGGGGUGUUCGUGGAUUCUUACGGAAGACGCAGCCGCACAGAUGAUCUCAAGUGGAGUCGCUUACCUCUGGCCUUUGCCUACAGAGAACCCUAUCUGUUUGUGACUCACUUCAACUCACUCGAAGUAAUUGAGAUCCAGGCCCGCUCCUCUCUGGGGACCCCCGCCCGAGCAUAUUUGGAAAUCCCCAACCCACGCUACCUGGGCCCUGCAAUCUCCUCAGGAGCCAUCUACCUGGCGUCCUCAUAUCAGGAUAAGUUAAGGGUCAUUUGCUGCAAAGGAAACCUGGUGAAGGAGACCGGCACUGACCACCACCGUGGCCCGUCCACCUCCCGCAGCCCGAACAAGCGUGGCCCGCCGACUUACAACGAGCACAUCACCAAGCGUGUGGCCUCAAGCCCGGCGCCUCCCGAAGGCCCCAGCCACCCUCGAGAGCCAAGCACACCCCACCGCUACCGCGAGGGGCGGACCGAGCUGCGCAGGGACAAGUCUCCGGGCCGCCCCCUGGAGCGCGAGAAGUCCCCCGGCCGGAUGCUGAGCACGCGGAGGGAGCGCUCCCCCGGGCGGCUGUUUGAGGACAGCAGCAGGGGCCGGCUGCCCGUGGGGGCCGUGAGGACGCCGCUGUCCCAGGUCAACAAGGUCUGGGACCAGUCUUCAGUAUAA